AUGGCGAGCGCGAGUGCAUCAACCGGCAGCCCUGCGGGGUCAGAUGCCCUCCAUCCAAAGGUCAACAUGCCACGGAUGAUCUACGGCACAGCCUGGAAGAAGAACCGCACCGCGGACCUGGUCUACGAGGCCAUAAAGGAAGGCUUCCGCGGCAUCGACACGGCCGCCAUGAAGCGACACUACAGCGAGGAGCUGACGGGUGAGGGCAUCCGGAGAGCCAUCAAGGACGGGAUCAUCACCCGAGAGGAACUAUACAUUCAAACAAAGUACACUCCCCACGACGACGCUUUCCUAGCCGAACCCGCCCUCUAUCCAACCAUAACCUCACAAGUCCUCGCCUCCGUGACCUCCUCCCUGCGAAACUUCGCCCACCCCGACUCCGAGGAGGACACAAGCUACAUAGACUGCCUAAUCAUGCACUCCCCCUUCCCCGACCCAAUCUCCACACUCGAAGCCUGGACGGCCUUGCAGUCCUUCGUCCCGCACCGCAUCCGCUCGCUGGGCAUCUCCAACAUCACUCUGCCCGAGCUGCAGUACCUGGUCGCCGACCCGCGCGUGACGGUGUACCCGACGGUCAUCCAGAACCGCUUCCGCCGCGCCGAGCGCCGGUGGGACUACGAGCUGCGCCGGUGGUGCGCGAACCAGAACAGCACGCGCUGGAAGGGCGAGAAGAGGACGCGCUACCAGGGGUUCUGGACGCUGACGGGGAACAGGGGCGAUUGGCCGACGCAGAAGUUUGUGAGGGAGUUGGCGGCGGCGGUGCCCAAGUCAACGCAGGAGGUGGAGGCGCUGGAGGCGGCGGCGGCAGAAACAGAACAAAAAGAAGCUGAUGACGAGGGGAACCUUGUCGACGGAGACCCAGAAGGGACAGGGGAUCUUGAGAGUGGGGAUGAGGAGUUGGGGAUAAGUCUGGAAGCUGCCUGGUAUGCGCUAAUCGUACUGGGAGCGGACGUGGUGGUUUUGAACGGAACGACGAGUCAACAGCACAUGAGGGAUGAUCUGGAAUGUCUAGAGAGGGUAGACAGGUGGAGGAAGACGCUACAAGGGAAAAAGGUGUGGGACAGGUGUUUUGAAGGGUUCAAGGCGUUGGUGGGGAUGCCGCCUUCUUGA